AUGGGGCGGCCGCCGUGCUGCGACAAGGCGAACGUGAAGAAGGGGCCGUGGACGCCAGAGGAGGACGCCAAGCUGCUGGCGUACACCUCCAACCAUGGCACCGGCAACUGGACCUCCGUUCCCCAGAGGGCAGGGUUGAAGCGGUGCGGGAAGAGCUGCAGGCUGAGGUACACCAACUACCUGAGGCCAAACCUGAAGCAUGAGAACUUCACGCAGGAGGAGGAGGACCUCAUCGUCACCCUCCACGCCAUGCUCGGAAGCAGGUGGUCUCUGAUUGCGAACCAGCUGCCGGGGCGGACGGACAACGACGUGAAGAACUACUGGAACACCAAGCUUAGCAAGAAGCUGCGGCAGCGGGGCAUCGACCCCAUCACCCACCGCCCCAUCACCGAACUCAUGCAGAGCAUCGGCACCCUCGCCAUCCGCCCUCCGCCCACCGCCGCCGGCGCCUCCUCCUCCACUUCCUCCUACUUCCCCAUGAACCCAGCGGAGGCGCCGGCGUUCCACGACGAUGUCCCGUACCACCACGCCCUGCACCAGCAGCAACAGGUCAUCACGCUCCUCGACGCGGACGCGCCAGGGGUUGCGGCGUCGCCGGACCACCAUCAGCUCAAGUGGAGCGACUUCCUGGCCGACGACGCCGCGGCGCUCGAGGCAGCGACGCCGCAGGCCGUUCUUGGCCAGUACCAGGAGGCCGCGGUGGCUGUUGGCGGAGCACGCGCGUACGGAGACAUUGUAGACGGUACCGCCGCUGAUGUCGGAGGAGGCGGGGAGGACAGCGCGGGUUCGGCCUUCAUCGACGCGAUGCUGGACAGUGACAAGGAGAUGGGUGUGGACCAGCUCAUUGCCGACCUUCUCGCCGACCCAGCGUACUACUACGGCGGUGGCUCCUCGUCGACGUGGGGCUGUUGA